AUGUUCCUGUCAUUCGCUCUCGCAUGGGUGCUCCAUUGGAUGCAAUGCCGCCUGCAGACCGUCGCAGAAGCAAGCUGGUUGGAAUUGUGCCUGGAUGCCUGCUUCGUUGGUUGCCUCCUCGCUGUGCUGGCCUACGUGGCUCGGAAGCAGUACCUGAAGUUCACACGACAAAUCGCUGCUCUCGCCACAUCGCGGCUGGUGCAUAUAAGUGAAGAACUCGACGAUACUAUCAAAGAGAGCAUUCGCUAUAUUCAAGAAAUUGAGGUCGUCGCUCGAGGAUAUGAUCUCAGCAACACGCUCCCGCCCAUAAGUCGUCUAGAUGGUGACCACGCGCAAACGUUGUGUCGCGAACUUCGACGACUUGCAGCGAAGAUUCUAUACACUGGCAUUACCCAGUUCAUCCACUUCCACAACGAGCUGCAGCCACUCGUGAGCCCAGACGAUAUGCGAACUUAUUAUCACAUCUACGAGCUUUCACCAGAUGACUUUUCGGGCGCGGUCUCUUUCGCGAAUGAUAUGUCACCGGAGGCGCAAGAAACUCUCAAACAGCUUCGAUUUCUCAGUCAGCUGCACUCAUUUGCACGGAAGUUCUUUCUGGUCGAUUUGCUGGCUCUUCGAACAACAACAUUUUGGGACGAAGUUCAGAGAUGGCGAAAAGUCACACAAGUCGUCAAAAGCUUAGUUGAUGACGUCCAGGCCGCUGCGGCUCAGCUAAGAGCAGCCUUGACAGAAGAUGACACCGGAAACGACACUUACGGUUCGGACGAAGACGCAGUCGCGAGUCCCAUACAGCUACAAUUCGUGACGCCCGAACGACAGCAAUCCAAGGCUCAAAUGCGACGCUUCGAGGGCAUCACUCACGGCGUGCGUGCCCUCGGUGCAAGAACGCGCAUCGCUAGGGACGAGAUCACUGAUCUGAUCUCCCGCGACGCAACUGACCGAGUUGUGAACGCGACGAUAGUCAAGCACUACGACUCGCUCGGCGAAGAGCUGCGCUCCCUGCUGGACGAAUGGACCCGUGGCCGAUCAGCCAUGACCCUGUUCCCAAACCCCGAUGGAGGUCGGGACAGCCGCCCUCUAAGCGAGAUGAGAACACCUCUCUCUCCUUCUCCCAGCCUAGGCGGCCUCACAAUGGUAGAAGGCAGCCCCGCCGACGCCCUCAAACUCCUCAAUGGAGAAACCGACGACCACGAUACCACCGGCGACGAAGAGAUCUUCGAAGCGUCGUCUCCUCCAAACCUCGCAAGCGAAUGUCCCUUGGCGUUAACAUGA